AUGGAGCCGGUGACCUGUGCCCAGCUGUUAGGUGACUACGACAAGGUGAAGGCCGUUUCUGAAGGCUCCGACUGUCGGUGCAAAUGCCUGGUCAGACCCCUGGGCCGUGGCGCCUGCCAAAGGAUUAACGAAGGCGCUUUCAAAGCAGAGGAUUUUUACACGGUGGAAACCAUCACGUCAGGACCCAGCUGCAAGUGUGCGUGCGUGGCCCCCCCCUCGGCGCUUAAUCCUUGCGAGGGGGAUUUCAGGCUGAAGAAGCUGCGGGAGGCAGAGAGCAGCGACCUGAAGCUGUCCUCCAUCGUUGAGAUGCUGGAAAGUGCCUUUUAUGGCUUAGACCUUCUGAAGCUGCACUCAGUCACAACCAAGCUGGUGGGUCGGGUGGAAAAGCUUGAGGAGGGCAUGUCCAGGAACUUUACUCAGAAGGGCUAUCAGACAGGAGCCAAUAUAGCAGAGGGUCUGCAGGAUCCCCACCACAGGGACAGGGAGAACUGCUCCAGCCUCAUCACCAACAGCCUUGCUGACAUUGAGAGCUCGCUGCAGCGGGAUGCUGAGGCUGCCUACACGCACGCAGAGGGCAAAUAUGAAGAAAGAUUCCUGAAAGAUGAAACCAUCUCCCAGCAGAUCAACUCUGUUGAGUCCCUCCCAGAACUGCACCUCUCUCCAGAGGACGAGAAGCCCAAGCAGCUCUUGCAGAGGAAGCUGCAUGUGAGGAGCCGGCCUCCUUCCAAGCCCACCAUCGUCCGAGGGGUAACCUACUACAAAGCCCAGUCCACCGAGUCAGAGAACGACAUUGAGGAGCAACCGGACGAGCUGUUCAGUGGAGACAACACCGUGGACCUGCUGAUCGAGGACCAGCUCCUGAGGCCCAGCAGCAGAGCAGGCGAGGGCAUGAGGAAGCCCUCACCGGUGGGAUGGCCACCCACCCCUGGCAGCGACCCCACCACCCCGCCGGCUGCUGACACUGCUGUGACAGCCACAGUGCCCCUGUCCCCUGCCAUGUCUGCGGGGCCCACACCAGACCCCACCACUGUGGGCCAGCUGACCCCCACGCCAGAGACCACGGCUGCCCCAGUGGGGCUGGCAGAGGAGGGGACCCCGCAGCUGCUGGCAGCCUUGGCCAGCACAGUGGUGGCCACAGCCACAGAGAGCUUGCCUACAGCUGCCACCACUGUCCCCAGCCCUGCUGUGGCCACCACUGCUGGGACCUCAAAGGAUGUGGGGACAAGCCCUGUCCUGGAGAGCAGCCCAGAAGCUUGGGGACAGGUGAGCACCCCUGCGACACCAGUCAGCCCCACCAUCCCUGCCACCCCAAAGCAGGUCCUGGAGGAGGAGGACAUCAGGAACAUCAUUGGGCGCUGCAAGGACACACUGUCCACCAUCUCAGGGCCCACCACCCAGAACACCUAUGGGCGAAAUGAGGGGGCCUGGAUGAAGGACCCCCUGGCGCGGGAGGAGCGGAUCUACGUCACCAACUACUACUACGGGAACACACUGGUGGAAUUCAGGAACCUCGACAACUUCAAGCAAGGUCGCUGGAGCAACUCCUACAAGCUCCCAUACAGCUGGAUUGGGACAGGGCAUGUUGUCUACAAUGGCUCUUUCUACUACAACCGGGCCUUCACGCGCAACAUCAUCAAAUACGACCUGAAGCAGCGGUUUGUGGCUGCCUGGGCCAUGCUGCAUGACGUGGCCUACGAGGAGUCCACCCCAUGGCGGUGGCGAGGCCACUCAGAUGUGGACUUUGCCGUGGAUGAGAAUGGCCUGUGGGUCAUCUACCCGGCCAUCAGCUACGAGGGCUUCAACCAGGAGGUGAUUGUGCUGAGCAAGCUGAAUGCGGCUGACCUCAGCACCCAGAAGGAGACCACCUGGCGGACGGGGCUGCGGAAGAACUUCUACGGGAACUGCUUUGUCAUCUGUGGGGUCCUGUAUGCAGUUGACAGCUACAACAAAAGGAACGCCAACAUAUCCUACGCCUUUGACACGCACACCAACACGCAGAUCAUCCCCCGCCUGCUCUUUGAGAAUGAGUAUGCUUACACCACGCAGAUAGACUAUAACCCCAAGGACCGCCUGCUCUACGCCUGGGACAAUGGGCACCAAGUCAACUACCACGUCAUCUUUGCCUACUGAGACCCCCUGCCACAGCGGGACACUGCGAGCCAGAGGCCACCAGCACCUUUUAUUAUUAUUUUUAUUAUUGUUAUUUUGUACAAAUCUAAGAGUAAAUGAUGAGUUUUGUUUCAAGCUGUUUUUUUAUGGUGGAUUGUAGAUCAAUCCCCAGGCCAGAACCACCCCCUUCAUCUUUGCUGUAACCUUGCUUCUGAUUUUCCUUCCUGUGGGGAGGAGGCCUUCCUUCAGGAGGGCAUACCCAGCUCUCCUGCCCAGGGAGGAGGACGUGGCCCAGACGUGGUCCUCCUGACAUGGUUUUUAACUAAAGAUGAUCAGCAAGAUCCCCAGAACUGGUGUGAAGCUGGCCUUUCCGCUGCAGGCACCAGUUCCCAGCGGGAUGCUGAUGUCCGUCUGUCCUCGUGGAGGACAUGCAUGUCCCACAGGAAUGUCCUGUAUCUCUUGACCAUCUUCCCAGCUGACGGUCAGCAGGCCCUUUGGAGAUCCUGCUGUACAACAGGGCUGCAGUGCUGCUCUGGCAGCCCCUGGUGCUGGCACUUACGCUGAGAGGACUGUCUCCUCCAGCUGGGGCUCUGCCCUUUGCAACCUGCUCUUGGGGGCUGGGGGCACCCUGAGCCCUGACUCAUGUCUGGAGCGAGCUGGCAGCGGGAGGGGUACACUGUAAAUACCUGUAGAUGGCUUUUGUUCAUUUUUGUAACCUAAAAUAGUCCCCUUUGGCAGCUGCUGGGCAAAGGCUCUGCUCGGCUGGGUGCUGGGCUGCCUGGGUGGGGAAGUGUGGGGCUGGAGGAGCCCUCGUGCCCCAUCCCACUGCCGCUCUGUCUCCUGCAGAGCCUUGGCCCAUGUGCCCUCUCAGGGCCCUGCUCACCUCUGUCCUGGCUGUUGGCCCUCAGGAGCCCUUCAUAGAGGUACAGCCCCUGCUCUUCUGCCCGGCAGCUUCUUGUAUUUACCUGCUGUCAACAAUAAAAGAUAAAGUACCUUUGCAGCUGUUCGGGGCUUUCUUU